AUGUUGAAGCGUGCCAAGGAAACGGGUGUUCCAUAUGAGGCAAUAAUGAAAGAAUAUCAGGUCCGACGACAGAAACGGUUGGAGAAGAACAAGCCCAAAGACCUGGAGGAUUACCUAGGAUCUGAGCCAGGCGAGGGUGAGGGUGCCCACUUCCUGGAUAUUCGACUGCUCAAAUGCUCACCGAGGUCAGACGAAUUGGAGGCAACUCUGGAUGAGGAGUUCAGACUCUACUCGGCGUAUCAGGUGGCUGUGCACAAGGAUGCGCCGGAGGACCUAAAACGAGACGACUUCAUUGGGUAUUUGGUGGACACGUUGAUAGUGGGUGGGAAUGACGCGGAUGCGGAGGCGUGUGGUGCUCCACAAGUUGGAACCUAUCAUCAGCAGUACUGGUUGGACGGGAAGAAGUUGAUUGCGGUGGGCGUGUUGGACCUUGUUCCGGGUGGUCUCUCCUCGGUGUAUUUUUUCUACGACACAGGCUACAAUUUUCUUCGUCUGGGCAUAUACUCGGCUCUGCGAGAAAUAGCGUUUGUUCGUGACCUGCAUCGCACAUUUGGAUCGCGAGUGGCGGCAUACGCUGAAGCGAUGCAAUACACAUUGGGGUCCUACGUGCACUCGUGUGCAAAGAUGCGUUAUAAGACGCAGUUUUCACCGUCGUAUCUCGUGUGUCCGGAGACGUACACAAUGGUGCCGGUGGAGAGGUGUCAACGCAUGUUAGAUGGAGGGAGGUGUACUCGGUUUGCAGAGGCAGAUGUGGAAAAUGCACCACCU